CCUAAUUGUUGUGAUAAACUUAUUAAAUAGGUUGCAAUGAACUCGUGUACAUAUUUAGGAUUUCUGCUUGUCGUUCACUUAUACACUACCAGUCUGCUGUGUCCGAGCUGUUCAGCACUACCAGAGUCCACGAAGUGGUCUGUUCACCAUACACUCAAUUCCCAGAAAACUUCUUCCAUCGAUUGGUUUCAAGCAACGCUAUGGAAUGGAACUACGAUUAGAGCGACACUUAAAUGCUCCCCCUCUGUAGCAGACGAAGAGCAGUCCUUCAACAUAGCCAUACGAUGGAUGAUCCGCAACACUCCUUGUUCCGGCAACUAUGCCAUGCUGUCUGAGAACUAUACUCGAGCACUCAUAGACAAUCCGAGGAACUUGAUCUCGAACGAACCGUACGUGUCCUAUGCAAGUGAAGCCGAGGAAUCGAAGUUCUUCGAAGCCAGCUGCAAUCAGGAUAUAGAUUUGCUCAAUGGAGAUGUAGGGUUGGUUCCUUUGCACCGUCAAAUGGUUGGAUCAGCUAACCCGAAAACAUUGAAACAGAGUUUCAGCAACACGGGCCUAGACGACUCAAAGCAGCAGCCAGAUGAAGUCAAUGUCCUCGGACAAACAUGGGUCUCGGGUCCCACGAUUUUCAUAGUCGAAAUCUACGUCACUCAAAUUCCCAACAGCAAAGAUCGAAACUUGGAGGCGGAGAUCACGUUAGACGUCGCGUUUAAAAGCAAGUCGGGAUAUCUUUCAGCAAUUGACAAGCCGCUUUUGAAGUUUUACGCUAUAAUGUGUGCAGUUUACUCUCUUUAUGCCCUGGUAUGGACUGUGUUUUGUUUCUCACAUUGGCGAGAUUUACUUAGACUGCAAUACUGGAUUUGUGCUGUUAUCGGUCUCGGGUUGAUCGAAAAAGCGGUGUUUCUAGCUGAAUUUGAUCACAUGAAUAAACAUGGCGAUAUAUUACAAGGCGUGGAAUUAUUUGCCGAAGUCGUGUCGAUUAUCAAACGAACCCUAGCUCGGGUUUUGGUGCUCAUUGUAAGUUUGGGUUACGGAAUUGUGCGACCGAGACUCGGUGACAUCAUGAGGAAAGUCCUAGUGUUGGCAUUUUUGUUUUUAAUUUUGGCGUCAGUCGAGGCAGCCAUGAGAAUAUACAGAUCUAGAGAUAGUCGCACCGAUUCAGAAAUGCUGGCUGUUAUUUGCCUGUCCACAAUAGAUGCAGUUAUUUGUUUCUGGGUCGCAUCCAGUUUGUUGCAGACAUUGAAGAAUCUGAAGUUGAGACGAAAUGUGGUGAAGCUGACUUUGUACAGACAUUUCUUCAACAUCUUAGUUCUCUGUAUAAUGGCCGCAUUGGCCUACUUAAUUUGGUCCUUCGUCAAUAUAAAGCUGCCGGACUGUUUCAAAGACUGGCAGGAAUUGUGGGUGGACACUGCUUACUGGCACAUCCUCUUCUCAGUCGUCCUCUUCGGAAUCAUUAUCCUCUGGAGGCCCAGUCAGAACAACCAGCGAUAUGCGUUCUCACCGCUAAUGGACAAGCCUGAUGAUGCACUCAGUGAUGACGAGGACUACCUGACGUCAGGGGGUCUGAUUGGUCUCACGGGUACGGAGUCGGGAGAGGGACAGAAACAGGCGCAUAUCCGCUCUAUCUAUAAGAGUAGUUACAACGCGGCUCUGGCCAAUAAGAACAAAUCAGAGGAGGCGAAUGAGGACGAGAACCUGAAGUGGGUGGAGGAACACAUCCCCACCUCCGGAUUCGACUCGGCCAUAGACCCAGCCACCACUCUGGACUCGGACGAGGAGGAAAAGCUGAAGACCCAGCAGACUAUCGGCAAAAUGCUUUGAGGACACUACGAUUGAUAUUGUCACAAUCACGAAUUGGAGUGAGACAAUAAAGGAAAAAAGAAUCAAAGUUUGAAUAAAAAUAAGCGUGGAUCGAAACCAAAAUCAAAAGUAAAACUUCAUAAAACAAACUUAAAUCUUAAUGAAGAUGAAAAAAAUUGCCUACGUAUUUUGCGCAUUAUAGAAGAUUCCUGUAUAAGACGUCAUGGUAUCUUUUUGUUUCAUUUUUGUCACUCCUUUCCCGCGACUUAUGAAACUUAGCUGUUUGCUUGUAAUAGUCGAUGUUUUGAAGUCAUGCGAAACAAGUUUCAUCAAAUUUUUAUUUGAGAUUUUUUUCCGAAUAGAUAACGCCGAUGGCCUCAAUCAAUUCAAGGUCAGACAUUGUUGUCAUCUUUUUAAUUUAAGUAACAGCCUUUUUUUAUUUAUUAGAAGGUUGAAAGGAUGAAAGGUUCGUUUUGUGCACUAUUGUACUUGAUUUCACUUCGCAGGCGGUUUGUAAAUUUUGACUUUUCAUAUUUGAAAAACUUAUGAUCAUUGUAAUGUUAAUCUACGAAUUUCAAAAUAUAUAAUUGUACAUUUGGUUGGGUGCCUUAAACUUGUCUUUGAUUUUGUAUAUAAUUUGAUAUUGGCCUAA